CAAAACUUCUUACCACCUCUCACACGACACAUUUGACAGGAUGCGUCCCAUCGUUCUUCUCUUUGCUUUUUCUCUGCUGAGCUCAUAUGAUGCUGAAGACUCCGACAUCAUGACUCCUGUAUUUGUGCAGACGGGGAAGGAUCUGCUUCUAGACGUCAUGGCUCCUGUUUACAUAACUGAUGGGAGUGAAUUAAAAUGGAAAUAUAAUCAUACAGAAAACAUAAUUAGAUUGUUUUCUGAUAACAAAACAAUUAUACCUGACUCCUAUCAGGGAAGGGUCGAGAUUGUUCGCCAAAAUUACUCUUUGCUCUUGAAGAACGUAAAACAAGCCGACAGUGGACAUUACAGGGCAGGUGUUUUCGGGAAUAAUGACGUAUCUGUGGGUAAAUACAGCGUCACAGUUCAAGAUCCAGUGUCUCCGGUUCAUGGGAACGUGGACUCUGUGUCCUGGAGCUCCGACUCCUGUAACCUCACAGUGACCUGCAGCACACAGGACUCCCAGCACAUCAACAGCACUUUUAGAUGUGACGCCAACACCUGCAGCCAGGACGAGGGAGGAGACAGGUCCAAGGUCACGACCUCAGACGCCUCCCUCCGUGUCUACCUGUCCAAUGGCUCCUCAGUUAUCUGUAACCAUAGUAACCAGGUCAGCUCGGCCGAGGACAUAAUAAAGAUUGAGUGCUAUUGUUUCUCAGUUCCUGGUAAGUGACCGACAACACAAGCGGCUGAUAACUUUGUUUUCUAGACGGUUKUCCUGUUUCUUCCAACUUAAGUUAAUUUUGAAAUAUUGAAUCUGUCCCAACAUUUGAARACGUUCCCUGAAUAUUUGACUGCAUUGCCUCUAGACACAGACUUUCUGACAUCACCUUCAAUGGGUUCAAAAAGCUGCUGCUUGGAUUCUAACUGGUUCAAGACAACACAUGACUCAGAUUCUGGCCUUGCUGCAUUUGACUGCAUUGAAUUUAGAGCAUGUCAYUUUUUAAAUAUAUUUAUUUUUUGUGUUGAAGUGAAUAAGUUGAGAAAAUAACUGAAGCUUGUUUGCAUUUGGCUGUGGGGGGGAUGUCUAAUCUGUUUUUCUGUGUUUUCAUUACAGUCACUAAACCACCAGGACCUGUUGUUACUGCUGACAUCAUCACUGUUGCUCUCACUGUUGCGGUGGUUGUGGUGAUAGUUGCCAUAGCAACAGUUGUUCAACAUGGAAAAAAA